AUGCCUGUGAGAGUAGCGGAGGCUUCUUCCCCAUCACAAGUCUCAGGGACUUCAUCAGGGAACACUUUGCCGCAGCCUUGUACUCUUUUAAGUGUUGGGCAGUCUUUUUCGGGGACUCAAAAUGUUUCGAGCUUACAGAAAGAUGAAGCAUGGAGAGUGAACGUGCGGAUUCAAGGAUGUGAUCUUGAUCAUGGCUACCUUUGUGGCACAAUGGAAGCUCUUAAUGUUCCCAUGGCAGAUACACCAGUUGUUACUUUCUGGGAAGGAGAAAUUGUGGAUACCAAGAAUUAUACUUUCUUCACUGGGAAGUGGGGAGCAACGGUAGAUGACGACGUGAAGCACUGGACACAGUUCCCCUCAUUCCCUCCUCUAUUGAGCCAAGUGGAAGCCGAUGGAGGAAAAUCCCUGGACUUGAGUAACUAUCCUUAUAUAUUUAUGAGGUGGAAAGAGCAGUACUUUGUGAACGUCGGGACCGACUGUGGGCUGACAAUUGCGGGCUUUUACUAUGUUUGCUUCUCGUGUAGUGAUGGAUCCAUUAAUGGCUUUUAUUACGAUCCUAACAGCAGCCCCUUUCAAAAGCUGGAACUAAAAUCAACUAACGAUGGACGGUCGGGAUUCAGCUUCUCAACUUACGAGCUGCAGUAA